AUGGGGUCACCUUGGCCCUUCCUCCCCGGGGGACCCUGGCUCCGGAGACUGGUUCUAGCGACACUCUUUCUUGAGUCUGUGGGCGGUGCCUUAUUAUUUGACCCCAACUGGGGGUUUGACUCGUAUGAAAUCACCAUCCCCAAAAAGCUGAGCUACAAGAGCCAGCAUCAGGGCGUGGUCAGCUCUUUGUCCUAUCUCUUGCCCUUAAAAGGCAAGAACCGGGUCCUCCAUCUGUGGCCCAAGAAAUUUCUGCUGCUGCCAAACCUGCCCGUCUUCUCCUUCACAAAACAGGGGCAGCUUGUGGAGGAUCACCCACACCUGCCCAGCGACUGCAGUUACCUGGGCUGGGUGGAAGGGUCCCAGGGUUCAGAAGCCACUCUAACUACAUGCAUGGGCGGUCUCAAAGGCAUACUGAACAUUGAUGCCAGGUAUUACCAAAUCGAGCCUCUCAAACCCUCUUCCCGUUUUGAACACGUCGUGUAUCUCCUGAAGAAAGAGCAACUUGGCAAUGGAACUUGUGGUGUGGUUGAUGAAGGGGAAAGUAGGCUAAGGGACAAAGAAGGAAAAAUGGCCAGGAGUAGUGACUAUCUAUACUACACACAUCAAAAGUACUUUGAACUGUUCAUGGUCUUUGACGUGGGUAGAUUCAGAGCAGUGAAUUACAACGUUUCCUUGGUCGUGAACGAUGCCAUCCUUUUGUGCGCCAUCAUGGACACGUACUUUCAAGAGAUCAGUUUGAGGAUACAGCUAAAAAGCCUUGAACUGUGGACAUAUUACAACGAAGUCAAUAUCAGGGUUGCCACUUUAGCUGAAGUUUUAAGCCAAUUUGUCAUAUACAAAAGAAGAUCCCUAAGUACCAAGUUCAUCUUCGACUGGGCACACCUGUAUGUUUCAAAAAGGUACAAAGAUGCCACUGGCUGGUCCUGGGGGAGAGUGUGUGAACCGUACCACGGCGGGUCCACCAGUUCCUUUGUGGGCCUGAACAUCCUGGAGACGGCCACUUGGUCUACUCACGAACUGGGUCAUUCUCUGGGGAUGCGCCACGAUGGGCCUUAUUGCCAGUGCAAGGGCAAGAAGACGUGCAUCAUGGGCACUGGGCAGAGUGGGUUCAGUAACUGUAGUUACGAGAAAUAUUACAAUUACCUCCGUAUAGCCGCCGAGUGUUUAGAUGACUUUACGCGCUACGGUUAUGUGGUUAAGAGAUGCGGGAACAAAAUUGUGGAAGGCAACGAGGAGUGUGACUGUGGCUCCCAGGAGGACUGUAAGAGCGAGCCGUGCUGCGGGACGGAUUGCAAGCUGAAGCCCGGGGUCAACUGCUCCUUCGGGCUCUGCUGCCACCGCUGCCAGUUCCUUCCCUCGGGACACGUGUGCAGGCAGGAAGAAAAUGAGUGUGACCUCGCGGAGUAUUGCAACGGGACCUCAAACUUCUGUCCAGACGACUCUUACAAGCAGGAUGGGACCCCUUGCCAGUACGAAGGCUUUUGUUUCAGUAAGGGGUGCAGAUCCAGAGAUGUGCAGUGCCGAAGCGUCUUCGGAUACGGGGCCAAGGAGGCUCCCCAUGGAUGCUACGAGGUGAUCAACGCAGUGGGCGAUCAGUACGGUAACUGCGAGAUCCACAACACCACGAGUUACAAACAGUGCGACCCGGACAACGUCAUGUGUGGCAGGUUACAGUGCGUCAAUGUUAAGAGCCUUCCCGAGAUGCCGGAUCACACGAUCCUCAUCUCCACCUACCUGCAGGCAGAUAACGUCAAGUGCUGGGGUACAGCCUAUCACUUAUCUAUGAACACCCAGGAGAUACCCGACAUUGGGGUGAUAAACGACGGUACCUCCUGUGGCCCAAACAAAGUGUGCAUGAACAGCACGUGUGUGGACAGCUCCGUGCUGAACUUUGACUGUUGGCCUCAGAAGUGCAACAGCCGAGGCACUUGCAACCAGAAAAGGAACUGCCAUUGCCGGUAUGGCUGGGCCCCGCCCCUCUGUGUGGAGGUGGGGUACGGGGGCAGUAUCGACAGUGGCCCCCCGGGACUGAUGAAAGAGCAGGUGCCCUCCCCUUUUCUGAUCUUGUUUAUCAUGCUGCUGCGCCUCAUUUUGUUUGCCAUCUCCGUGGUGGUUGUAUUUUGCAGGCAAUUGAUAGUGAAGAGUUUAACUGCCAAACCAGAAAGUAGUGUGGGACAGAAUGUCACGAAAUAA